CUGAAUCUGAACCUGAGCUUGAUAAUGGUACUAUGGCUGAUAGACGAAGAGGUAUAUGAAGACAUGCUGUAUAGGUAGCAGAAAGAGCGCUAGAAGAAAUUAGAUGUAAUGGUACUUUUGACUAUGAUCCCAACUUUGAACACAUCAUUGAGAAUGGCAUCAUCGGUUUUAAAGAGAAUGAUGAUCCAGUUUAUGAGCAACAACAACGGCGGAGACCACAGAACGCGGUUUAUAAUCCAGGUGGAUUUGAAUAGUGUUGUGAUUAUUGUCAUGCUCUCCUUAUCGAUGCAGAAUUACCAUCACUUUGUUGUGACAGGGGAAAGUUUUACUCGGUGAGAUAUUCAAAAAACCUCUACAGUACAUGAAGGAUAUGAUAUUGGAAGCAAUGACAUCCAAAUAUUCUCGAACAACCAGUCCUGGUGAUUCGUGAGGUGGAGCUUGUUCAAUGACCAUCAAAGGCCGUUUAUUCCAUAGAAUUGAUGGUUUGAUAGCUCAGGAAAAUGGACAAGAGAAAUUGAAAGGAAUUUAUACACUAACUCCAGGCUUAGCUACAAAUCUUCAUCUUGAAUUGAUUAAAAGUUUUUUUCAAGAUGAUGAAGAGGAUAAUAAACUUGAGGCCUACAUUAGGAAAAUCGGUGAAUUUCUCUCUCAAAACGAUCGUUAUGCACAGCUGUUAAAUACCACUGGAGAAAUUGUUCAAGAGAAAAUUACAGAGAUGGGAUAAACCAGAGGAGAAAUUAUCGUUCAAUUUGCGAUCAUUGAACUAACGGCACCAACAAGCAAAGAAUAUCAAAUUGCCAGAGUUUAAGCAGUUUAUCUUGGUGCGCAGAAGCAAUAACAACAAAACAGACUUUAAUUUGAGUACGCAUAAACAAAAGAUCUAAAGGCGGC